AUGGGCGCUAAGUACUCGUACAUGCUGAACGUGAAUGAGAAGCAAAAAGUGAAAAAAAUAAUUCUGCGAGACGACAUAGGGGCAAGUGGAAACAUAGUCCUACGACUAGCAGCAGUUAUUCCCAAGCACAAAAAUCAUUUUUUGUUUUUUGAUAAUUGGUUUACUUCUCUGAAGCUUCUAGCUACACUAUACAAAGAUGGAAUUUACAGUUUGGGAACUGUAAGGAAAGAUAGAAUUCAUGGCCUUACGUUUUCAAGCGAUAAUAUUAUGAAAAAAAAAGGACGAGGCACUUACGAGGAGUAUGAAGCUACCAUAGAAGAUGUAAAACUAUUUGCGCUGAAAUGGUUUGAUAAUAAAAUUACUGCAUGGAUUCGCUACAAAGCUGAUAUGCAGAUAGCAGGGUUGGAGAAAAAAGAUAUAUUAGAUUCCCUUGGUUUUCGCGCUGAAGUUGCUGAGGGAUUAUGCCUUCUGGGGAAGAGUGAAAAUACACGAAAACGAGGAAGACCAAGUAGAAGUAUUGAAAGAAAUUUUGAAGAAAGAAAGAAAAGGAGCCAAACAAAGCCCAUACCGCAGUUUGACGUGCGAACUGACCAAAUAGCUCUGAUGAUUAGUAACUCAUCGGUGUGUUUUGUGGAUAAGUAUAAAAGAUAUAUAUUGUUUGGAGGUUGUUGUCUUGACUGGAAGAUCGUGGCCAAAGUCACGGUCGUCGUGCUCAGUGUCACGGUCAAGUUCGGAGUCAAGGGCAUAGUCAAGGUCAUGACAGAAGUCAUGGUCAAGGUUAAAGUUGUGGUUAAUGUCAUUUUCAAUACCAUGUUCAAGGUCAUGGUCAAGGUGAUGUCCACAUCUUAG